AUUUAGGGUGUUUGGCUCCUGGAGAAUGAAUAUCAUUCCUUCUACUUUUUGUGCAGCAGAGGGAGAACAUAAAGCAAAAUAAUUAACCAACCCUGGGCUCAUUUUGGUCGGUUUUGACACUGGUUUCUAGCUUUAGAACCAACUGUCAGUUCUUAACUUGGACGAAUUAGGCUUUACUGUGCUAACUUUAGAGUGCUGCUCCGUGACCCUCCUGACCUUUUGAAAUCAACUCUUCCAACAUGUCUUCUGAAGCCACCCCCAUCCAAGAGUCUCGGCCUGUGACCUCUCCACUGUCCACUCCAAAAUCCCCAAGUUCUCCGGAGUCUCUGCAUCUUCCAACCAAUAAGCUUAGAGAGCAGUCACCUUCCCCAAUGAGAGACUUCCUCAUCCCCAGCCCUCUGCCUACACGCAGGAACAGGACCUGCUCAGCGUCUGCCCGAGCAUCUGAGGGUCCUGUGUUUUCUGGUGUGUGUAAAUCUUUUUCCCGCUCCAAAGGUCAUGGGUUCAUUACACCCUCAGACGGAGGCAGCGACAUCUUUGUCCACAUCUCAGACAUCGAGGGAGAGUACGUGCCAGUGGAAGGCGACGAAGUGACCUACAAGGUCUGUGUCCUUCCUCCCAAACAUGAGAAGGUACAGGCGGUGGAGGUGAACAUCACCCACCUGAAACCAGGAACUAAGCAUGAGACCUGGGGAGGACAGGUCAUCAGCAGCUGAGCAUGCUGUCCUCACUGGACCAUUAAAGUUAAUGUGAAUGAAGUUUAUAUCCCAACCAUCUCAUACUUGCGUAUUGAAGUGUGAUCAGCCGCUUGUGCCCCUAUCGGCCGGCGGUUAGCUAGAUCCUGGACAUAACCCAGUUUUCUUUAAAAUGAUUUUAGGUCUUGGUUUGACUUGUGUGGAACUGGACCGAAGCUAUCAUUAUUACUGUGAAACUUCCCUGAAGUGCAUCUGGAAGUGUUUGGAAUCUUGAAACACUGAAGAAAGUGUUGGUGUUUCUGAAUAAAUGCUGUUGUAGCUUGA